AUGGCUGCCUUCCAACAUCAGGUAGAUCAUAAGAUAUCAGCUGCUGUUACUGACACGCGCGUGUUGACGUUACUCAACUGGAUUCACGAUCCUCCGUUUGAGGCAACGAAGGCAUCUGGCAAUACUGCAUCUUUCUGUCACACGUUUGAUGCCGUAGCAAGGAAUGAAAGUACCGCGAACGGAUGUCGUGACGACAAGAGCAGGGUAAUGGAUAUCAGUGACGAAGAGGAAUUGCAUAUGAAAAUUUCCUCUCUUUGGUCAAGCAUUUCUCCACUCGCUGCGGUGCUCUCCAGCUAG